AUGGCCCCCGUUGCAGCUGCAGUUGAAGACAAGUACGAUGCUUCCCAAUUCCAACCUUCUUAUUCAGGCAAAACCAAGCGUGGCAGCAUCACGGUGAGCCAGGACAACCAAAAAUUGGCAUUGUACCCACAAUACUUGCCCACAUGGAACCCAUUACAGAAAUUCCCACCAUACAAGUUUGAAAAAUACAUUGACAAAGGCCAUCAAGCAAGCGAUAAGUUUGAAAACUUGUUUUCUUUGGGCAGUGCCAAAUCUACAGAUUACACAGUGAAGAGGUUGACUCCAAAACUUGGAUCUGAAAUCGAUGGAAUCCAACUUAGUCAAUUGGACGACAAGGCUAAACUGGAUUUGGCCAAGUUUGUUGCUGAGAGAGGUGUUGUUGUGUUUAAGAACCAGGACUUUAAUGAUAAGGGUCCACAAUUCGCCAUUGACUUUAUGAACUACUUUGGACCAUUGCACAUCCAUCCAACCUCGGGAUCCCCGGAAAAUUUUCCACAAAUGCACAUCACAUUCCGUGGGGCAUCUCAAGAUGAGAUUGACACGGCUUUUGCCAAAAACACAAACUCCAUCUCAUGGCAUAGCGACUGCUCAUACUCUCUUAACGCGCUCCAAUUGACUUUAUUUUCAUGCUUGCAACUUCCCGAGAGCGGUGGCGAUACAUUGUUUGCAAACACGGUGGAGGCUUACAAUCGUUUGAGUCCCGCUAUGCAAGAACGCCUUGAAGGAUUGCACAUAUUGCACUCCUCGGUGGAACAGGCUGAGACUAAUAAAAAGGCAGGCGGGAUCACUAGAAGAGAACCCGAAACAAACAUACACCCCAUUGUGCGCGUUAAUCCAUUGACGGGCAAGAAACACCUCUACGUGAAUAAGGAGUUUGGAAGAAGAAUCAUCGAAUUAAAGAAGGAAGAGUCAGACUACUUGUUGAAAUUCUUGUAUGAUCAUAUAGAGGGAGCGCAAGAUUUGCAAAUCAGGGUCUCGUGGCAGCCAAACACAGUGGUGCUCUGGAACAACGCCACCACUGUACACACCCCAUGCGUUGAUUUUGACGAACCCGUCAUUAGACACGCGUACAGAAUCAGUGUGAUGGGCGAGAGACCCGUGUCUGAUUUGAAGUACUUGAAUGAUGAAAACUACUUGAAAGAAAAGUACGAGGAAUUGGGUAUCUAG